GCCGCAAAACGCAGCUCCGCUCAUCAACGUCGGCCUCCUCCACUUAAGCUUCGCAUCCAGACUCUUCCGCACCCUAUGCGCACCCCUCCUCUUCCAAACCCUCAUUCUACGCAACGAUGAAAAGAGCGGAGAGUCGAUCAAACUGCUUUCCCAAGGGCCCUACGCCAACGUCGUCCGCGAAAUAUCCUACCUCGGCAUCACCCCCCUCCCACCAGACGAUAACGCUUCUAUGGGCCAUUCGCAGGACUCCGACCAAGGCUCCGAAAACAAAGCCUACCUCCCCGCACCCUCAGACUUCCCCAGCGUUGUAGAAGACACACUAUCCAAUCUACCCCGCUUCCCCAAGCUAGAGCGCCUAAGCGUCGAAUUCCCCUUCGGAGACGAAGCCAUCACAAACGGCUUCUACCACGCCGAGGCGCCCGAAGAGCCUGCGCAGAUUGAAGAGCGCGAGCAACGCGCCGGCUGGCGCGCACUCAUGCGCAACACGUACGCUGCCAUCUCCAGCAACGGGCCCGGAGUCGUGAAAGGGCUGAGCUUGCGCAACAUAGUCGCGAAGGAAAGCAUGGCUUGGAUCACUCCGGGAUGGCGCGGUUUCCUGGGCGGACUAGAGAGGUUCGAACUGAGUUUGAGAGGUGGAGAGAAUGGCGCGGGGUGGUGCAUGAGCACGAAUGAGGGGUAUCAGGACUUCGUCGGGGCACUAGGGCGCUUGUUUUUCAACCAUCUUGGCGGCGCGACACACCUCACGGGGUGCUUCACUGACGAAGGUCCGGCGGGCAUAAACGAAAUUAGGCUCACAGCGCUGCCCUUUCAUGCGGGCCAAAUGCCUCGUCUCCAACACAUCUCGCUUUCCUACGUCUUCAUCUGCCCCCCCUUCCUCACGCUUCUAAACUCGCAUGCCGAAACACUGCGAAGCGUGCGGCUAGAGAAGUGCUUCGCCAUUUAUGGGCCCGAUUCCAGCAUGUCAUAGGCCAACUUCUUCGAUUGUCUUGUGGUCGCGGAUCACCCGUUCAGCGCGCUGCGUGAAUUCGAUGUCGUGAGCCCAGCAAAAGUAGGCAUGAAAGAAGGGAAGGGGAGGGGACUGAUAUACGGGUACAUCGAUGACAAAUAUGGAAUUUUGGGGGAGGACAAUGCUGAGG